CAGCUCGCAGCUACGUGCGGCUCUAGGGCCGGCUCUGGGGUACACGUGACGCUCUGGCCGCCGCCGUGCGUCUCUGUAGUGGAAGGUGAGCGGCGCGUCCGCUCCGGUGGCGCCGUGACCGAGGCCGGGAGGAUCCGCGGAGCGCCCCUGGGACCGCUGCAGCCUCCGUCCACCUCUCCCCGCCGCAGCGCAGGCCUCAGUGAAACCAGAAGGGUGGUUGCAUCCACCUGCACCUGAUGGGGAGCACCUUCUGGCCACGGGACAGGCAGCUGAGGUGUCUUCAUGCUCUGGUUUCUCUUGCCCAUGCAGCAUCCAAGUGUUCCACUGCCUUCAAACGGGUGGGCGGACGCUGCUGGUGGAUGGUUUCUAUGCAGCAGAGCAAGUUCUCCAGUGUGCCCCAGACCAAUUUGAGCUGCUCACCAAGGUCCCAGUGAAGCAUGAGUAUGUUGAGAAUGUGGGAGACUGCCACAACCACAUGAUUGGAAUUGGGCCAGUUCUCAAUGUCUGCCCCUGGAACAAUGAGCUUUAUCUCAUCAGAUACAACAACUAUGAUCGUGCUGUCAUCAACACGGUGCUGUACGACGCUGUGCACCGCUGGUACGCUGCUCACCGCACCCUCACCACUGAGCUCUGGAGACCAGAGAAUGAGCUCUGGGUCAAACUGAAGCCAGGCAAGGCCUUGCAUGUGGAGAAGUCCCACGUGGAAAGCACAGAGGUGGAGGAUGUGGUGAGCAUUUGCUUCCAAAUUGGAGGGAGCAUUGACCAGCCACAGCUGAGGAUGACACCAGAGGUCAUGUAUGCACCCAUCAAGGCAUCCUGAUCCACCAGAACCAGGUACUGGACCUCCCACCUCCUGCUGUGACUGUGGGAGCUGCCUCAAGGAGGAGCCUUGCAGAACAUCAUUGUGCCUCCAAGCAGAGAGGAUGUCGCUGAUGCUGCACCCCCAGGGCUCCCCCUCCAGCAGCUACACAUGCUGAACCUUGGCUGGAAAAGAUUUGGAGCAACAGGAAUGCAUUAGUUUGCCUGGAAAUUCCCUCUUGAAUUUGAAGGAUGAGCUGGUUUCAGUUUCUCCUUGAGACUUCUUGGGAAUACAGAAUCACCCAAAGGAAAAGAUGUUGAAGGCAAAUCAGUGGGAGCCCCGAAGGAAAAGAAAGAUGUUGAAGGCAAAUGAAUGGGAGCUUGCUGCCACAGACUCCCCUUAGUUACAGGGUAACAGAGAACAUUACAUGGAUUUUAAUCAUGAGUCCCGGGUUCACUACCCCAAGUCUUGUCAUUAAAAGAACAUAUGAAGAUC